AUGAGAAUCUCAGAAAGUGAGCUGUUCUCAACACCGAUUUCUAUGAUCUCAGGUUCUGUAGUAACAGGAGUGGUAGGGUUGACCAUGCCUCGAUACUGCCUCUUUGGUGAUACUGUGAAUACGGCGAGUAGAAUGGAAAGCAACGGGAAACCCGGCAGAAUUCACCUAUCAUCUGAAGCUCAACAACUUCUUAUGGCAGUUGGAGGCUUUGAAGUAGAAUCCAGAGGAGAAGUUAUAAUCAAGGGUAAAGGACUGAUGGAGACUUUCUGGCUCGUUGGCCGCCGCAGCGAUGUUCGCCGUUCAUCAAUUUCAGCGACGAAAUACGGCGAGGGACGAGUCCAACAGAACCCAAACUCCACGGAGAUCGAGCGAAUUGACCAAAAGUUGGGAAAGGAUGCUGUGGACGAUCGUCUGAAGGCGACAGUCUCCAGAGCCAAUGGGAAUAGCGCAACAACGAAUAAGAGUCGCCAUUGUGUGGCCCUAACUUCUUUUAGCAAUGCAACCAGUCCGUUAUAA